CUUUUGCUCAGAGCCCCAUUCAACAGUGAUGCCCCAUUCAGGUAGCCCGAGCUGGAGCUAUGAGUAACCUUGAGUGUCGUCGCUUUAUUGAGAGCCGCGAGAAAUAAAUCCACGAAAUGCCUUUAGAAGGGGAAAUUCGUGUAGAUCCUCUCACGAUAAUACGCCUCUGCCGCUAUGAAAGCGUUCGGCCAAGCUCGUUUGAAUGCCAUGACCUGGCACACAUCCAACCGUCGAUCUAGAGCUGCGACGAAUCUUGGCCAAUCGCGUUUCCCCAUGCUUAGACGUCGUAACUUUCAUGCUUUCCUGCCUGUACGCUCGGCCUUCUUCCUCCAAUUUGCCAUCUUCUUAGCCGCGUCCGCCGCACUAGACGCCGUUGGAAGCGGCGGGCUGGCCCGCCAUAGAUCGCGGGAGGUCCGGCGCCUCGAGCAGCCAAUCACACGCAGCCUGCUGGCACCUAUCAGUCUCAGUUUCUUCCCGGACGUUUCUGGAGUAGACGUGAUUAUAGACGAUGAGGUGGGCGACAAGGGAGGGAAGAAACGGAAGGAGAAGGUGGCGUUGCCGAAUUUAGGGUGUAAAGGCGCGAUUUGCCCUGAAUUUUCUGGGUGUGGCCAGGGGAUUGAUGCGUGCUGGAACCCGGAAUUUGUGGACGGGCAGGGGAACCGCGAAAAGGAGAAGGCUUCAAAAAAGAAGGAAGAUGGAGAGGGAGCGGGUAUGGCGUCGGAAUUCAAGGCCACUCCAGCAAUGCUGGCAGAGGAAGGUCGUAUAACGUCAGAAGCCAAUGCCACUCAAACAACACCAACAGCACCAGCAGCAGCCGCAGCAGCAGCAGCAGCAGCAGCAGCAGUAGCAGCAACGCCAGCAGCACCAGCAGCAGCACCAGCAACACCAGCAGCAGCAGCAGCAGCAGCAGCAACACUAGCGACACCAGCAACGCCAGCAGUACCAACAACACCACGAGCAGCUGCCAUGAGCCCCUCAGCGUCUCAAACGCCCACUAGAAGACGGUUGGAGGAGCGGCAAAGCGUGGCGCCAAGCGGUGCAGUGCGGUUGAGAUGCCCUCCCAUUCGGUCACAGCAGAGCCUGCAAGGCGUCGUGGUGCUUCCCAACUGCUCUCUAGCCGUUGCUUCUCAAGAUGAUGGGCUCAAGGCAUGGGACGGGGGGAAAAUAGAGGAGAACAUGACGGGAGAGGGGAAAGAGAAGGCUGCCAAAGGGGAUGGAGACCUGGUGACGUGAAAAGAAAUGGUAUCUUCCAGA